AUGUCCGACGAUGGAGCAGCUGACGAUGACCAUGUCGGAACCAUCCUGAAACGGCGCCUGGAGGACUUCCUGCAGCAGAGGCAUCCACCCAAGACCUUCUGCCCUUCAGAAGUCGCCAGAGCGCUGACUGCCGAAGAGCUACAACAACUGGGUUAUGCCCAGUGGCGAGAUGCUAUGCCCGCGGUCCGCGAAAUCGCCUGGAACUUGCGACAAAAUGGACAGUGUGAGAUCCUGCAGAAUGGUCAGUCGAUUGACGACGUCGAUCUAGACGAGGUCCGCGGGCCCAUUCGGAUCCGACGUGUGGGAGAUUGA